AAUUAUAUAUUACCAGAUCACACAAAGUUAGAUAGAAGAACAUUUCAAAAUAGCUGGAUGAUUUACGCAAGUGUUUUAUUUGAAUAUCUUACGUCACCAUCAACAGAUGAAUUUGAAAUACCAAAAGAUAUUAGCAAUAAAGAAGAAGUAAAUGGUUAUUUUUCUUAUUAUUAUCCUAGGUGGUCAACACAAUUUAUCUACUAUUACUCAGAGCAUUCGUUACAUUAUCCUGCAAUAAAAACUGCAAAGAUUUCAACUAAAGUUUCUUUUACAUUCGGGUCACUCCACUUCAGUUUUUUGUACGAUUUUCGGGAGACUAUUUUAAUAGUUGUAUUAAUGUUAUAGAGAAGCGAGCAGGACAAAUACACAGUUUUUAAAUUAACUCUGUAUGUUUCUCGAUCAUUUUUAUUUGCAGAUCCAGUUCGAUGGGGAUGCGGAUCUCGCCCAUCAGCUGGUGAAAAGUUUUGUCAGCAUCACACUGAAGUUUUAAAACGUAAUGGACAAAAGAUUCAACAAAAAGAAGAACUAGAAGAAGAAGAACGUGAUUAUACAUCUGAAGAUUGUACAGUAGAACGUGAUACUCCUGGUUAUAGUAGCCGCUCAACGAGUUAUGGAAUUAUUUUAACCAUGUUUAAUUGUGGCAUUAUCAUAGGGUUUGAUGAACUUUUUCUAAGCGAGGGUCCUCUACGCGUACUAUAUCAUUUAUUUGAAUUAUUAAAAAGAUGGUCGCCAUUAGUUUCAAUUGCAAAAUUUUAA